AAAAAUUCCCCGCCGCAAUGACGGACAGAAGCCCCUUCGAAACGGACAUGCUCACCCUGACCCGCUACGUGAUGGAAAAGGGGCGUCAGGCCAAAGGGACCGGGGAGCUCACGCAGCUGCUGAACUCCAUGCUGACCGCCAUCAAAGCCAUCUCCUCGGCCGUCCGCAAGGCCGGCCUGGCCAACCUGUAUGGAAUCGCGGGGAGCGUGAACGUGACAGGCGAUGAGGUGAAGAAACUGGACGUGUUAUCCAACUCCCUGGUCAUCAACAUGCUGCAGUCCUCCUAUAGCACCUGCGUCCUGGUCUCGGAGGAGAACAAGGAGGCGAUUAUCACGGCCAAGGAGAAGCGGGGGAAGUACGUGGUCUGCUUUGACCCACUGGAUGGAUCUUCCAACAUCGACUGCCUGGCCUCCAUUGGAACCAUAUUUGCCAUCUACAGAAAGACCUCGGAGGACGAGCCUUCUGAAAAGGAUGCCCUGCAGCCUGGCCGCAAUAUCGUGGCUGCAGGCUAUGCGCUCUACGGCAGUGCGACCCUGGUGGCUCUUUCCACUGGGCAAGGAGUGGACCUCUUCAUGCUUGACCCAGCUCUUGGUGAAUUUGUCCUGGUGGAAAGAGAUGUCAAGAUUAAAAAGAAAGGAAAGAUUUACAGCCUUAAUGAGGGCUACGCCAAGUAUUUUGACGCUGCCACCACGGAAUAUGUGCAGAAAAAGAAAUUUCCUGAGGAUGGCAGUGCUCCCUACGGGGCCAGGUACGUGGGCUCCAUGGUGGCCGAUGUGCACCGCACCCUGGUCUAUGGAGGGAUCUUCCUGUACCCAGCAAACCAGAAAAGUCCUAAGGGCAAGCUCCGGCUCCUGUAUGAGUGCAAUCCUGUGGCCUACAUCAUCGAGCAGGCGGGGGGCCUGGCAACCACAGGCACUCAGCCUGUGCUGGACGUGAAGCCUGAGGCCAUUCACCAACGAGUCCCACUUAUCCUGGGGUCCGCAGAUGAUGUGCAGGAAUAUCUCACCUGUGUACAGAAAAACCAGGCAGGCAGGUAGUGAGUUUGAGCCUGUAAGCCCUCUUCUCUCUGUCUUGUAUCCUGUCUUAAGGACCCUAGAUGAAUGCUCAGUGGAAACAGUGGGAUGAGCAGCAAAAGGCAAAUCCACCGAGUCACAAACCAAAGAGCAGCAAACUGCUCAGGGCAGGUCUAGAAGCCAAAGGCGAAUCUAUGGUCAGUGUAAAGCGUUGAAAAUAAAACCCACAUGUGAAAA